CACAUCACUAUUUAAGAUGUGCGCUUCGUUCGCUAGCAGCGAAUGUCGCAUUAUUUUCCUAAGUUUUUGUGUUUCUAUGUAAAAAUUAUCAAAAGAAUGAGUUUUUGUUGUGUUAUUUGGUUCUUAUCGUGAAGUUAAUAAUCUAGUGUCCAUCGCAAACAUUUGCGAUGGACGUACCGGAGGAGGGUGUAUUAGACGUGGAUUUGUUAGGUGAUGAUGGGUCUGAGGAAGAGGGUGAAGUGCCGCCGUCUUCAGAUUUCUACGCAGGUCCAGGGUCAACACCAACAUCAUGCGCUUCAUCACCUCGUGGAGAAGAGCCUGCCUCUCCGCUGGCUGUGGUCUCCCAGCCCCCAUUUUUCCACCACCAGCCUUAUGCUCGGCCUUUCUUUACAUCAGCAAGACGGGGCCCAGGCAGGCCACGAAAGGAAGGCCCAAAACUUGUGAAAGAAGGGAAAAUUGUUAGAAGGUAUAGGAAUCCUGGCUCAGUUAGGGGAGCGAAGAGGCAUCGCAGCAGCCGGGAUGAUGCAUUAGAUGAUGCUAUGGAUGAAGACGAUUUCACUAUGCCAGCUCCAGAAGAACCGCCAUAUAUGCCUGAGAAAUGGCCAGGCAAAGUCUGUGCACUUUGUAAUUUGAGUGAGCGUAGCCAACUUGGACAAGGGGAGAUGAGGCAGGUUCUAUGCAACAUUGGGGAGGGUGAUGGCAGUGUGACCCCAGGAGUGUCCAACUCUGGUGGAGCUACUCCCACAGGCAUCCCCACACCAACCAGCACACCGACAACCCCUGUGCCCCCUGGACUUGCAUCCCCACCCCCUGAGUUAAUGGACAGUCAGAGUAAUCCACCACAAGCAACAUUCCCACUCAGUAGAAGGCAGAAAGCUUUCAGCAAGUGCAAAACUCCCAUUUAUAACUUGGAGCAUACUGACGAAUUAUCAAUAAUUGGACAUGUUGAAGUAUUAGAACUAGCUGGUGUAGUAACAUCUGGAGCAUUCUAUGUUCAUCGUUGCUGCCUCGAAUUCAGCCCUCCAUUUCAAGAUCAGGUGGCAGCGGCUUCUAAUUCUGAUGAUGAGAAGGAACAGUUGGAAGAGGCAAGGAUAAGAGGGAUAGUGACUGUUGGUCUUUCAAGGAAGUGUGCUUUCUGUACAAGACAUGGUGCUAGUAUUCCUUGUAAAAUGAGCUGUAGUAAAUACUUCCACUUUCCCUGUGUUCUUGCUUCUGGAGGCUAUAUGGAUUAUCAGACAAAAUCCCCAUUUUGCAAAGAUCAUUUGUAUCAAAUACCACUUGUUUGUUCAGCAGAUAUUGAGUGUCGCACUUGUAGAACAAUCGGCGAUAUAGCAAACUUGAUGACUUGCGUUACCUGCGGUGCGCAUUAUCACGGCACCUGUGUUGGUCUUGCACAACUACCAGGCGUGCGUUCCGGUUGGUCGUGCCGGGCAUGCCGCGUUUGCCAGGUGUGCCGCGGCGAGGCGUCGUCGGCGGACGCGCGCGCUGUUGCCUGCGAGCACUGCGACAAGCUAUACCACGCCAACUGUCUCCGCCCCGUCAUGGCCACCGUACCCAAGUACGGCUGGAAGUGUAAGUGUUGUCGCGUGUGCUCGGACUGCGGUGCCCGCUCUCCGGGCGCGGGCCCGUCGUCCCGCUGGCACGCGCACUUCACCGUCUGCGACUCGUGCUACCAGCAGCGGAACAAGGGCUCGUGCUGCCCGCUGUGUCGCCGCGCAUACCGCGCCGCCGCCUACCGCGACAUGAUCCGCUGCACGCUGUGCAGGAGGUAUGUCCACGGUAUGUGUGAUCCGGAUGCUGAACCACAGCAAUAUAAGCAGAAGAAAGAUUUGAACCCAGCAUAUGAAUACAACUGUCCUAUCUGCAAGUCUCGGGCACCAACAGCUUUCGACGAUGAUAACGCGGCCUCAACAUCUCAAGAUUCGUCAUUUGGUGAUGACAGUUUGCAACAAGAACAGGAUCCUCUCGCUUUAGAAACCUCUAAGCCUGAUGUCGGUUUGGGUAAGGGCAAGCCAUUUUCCGUGUCGUCAAAGAUUGCCAAGAAAAAGAUGCAAGGCUACAAGCUGAAAGGUGGUUAUCCGCCUGCUGGAAAGCUGGGCUUCCAGAAGCGACAAAGAUCGGUUGUCGAAUUUGGCCGAAAGAGAGGCACCAAGCCUAAAAUGCGAGGAGUAUUUGGAGUACCAGGCUUGGGGUUACAAAGACCGCAAGCUCCUGACAAUAAAACUUCCGAAGACGAUCCAGGAAUGGAGAAUAAAUUAGUACUGUGUUCAAGUAAAGACAAGUUCGUACUGACGCAAGAUUUGUGCGUCAUGUGCGGCGCUGUUGGGACUGACUCCGAAGGGUGCCUUAUCGCCUGCGCGCAAUGUGGGCAGACUUAUCAUCCUUAUUGUGUGAAUAUUAAGGUAUCUCAAGUGAUAGUGACUCUGGGUUGGCGGUGCUUGGACUGCACUGUUUGUGAGGGGUGUGGCAGCCGCGGCGACGAGACCCUACUGCUGCUGUGCGACGACUGCGACACCACGUGGCACACUUACUGCGCGCGCCCGCAGCUGGCCGAGGUGCCGCGCGGCCCGUGGCGCUGCGAGCGCUGUCGGCGCUGUCUGGUGUGCGGCACGCGCGACACGCUGGCCUGGUGUGACAACUACACCGAAUGCGCGCCGUGUGCGUCCCUGGUGAUGUGCUGCGUGUGCUCGGAGCCUUACUCGGACGGCGAGCUGAUCAUCCAGUGCGAGGGGUGCUCACGCUGGCUGCACGCCGCCUGCGACUCUAUACGCAACGAGAGCGACGCGGAGACGUGCUGUCGCGCCGGGUACAAAUGCAUCAUAUGCCGCGGACGUGAAGUCCCAGCGCCACACUUGCGGGCACGCGAGGUAGUAGCCCCGCCGCCCCGUCCUCCGCCUAGACCGACGCCUUUAUCGCUGGGAUUGUCCGGUGAAUACUACGUAGACGACGUGUGCCUCUCUCAACGAGGCGCUCAUUAUAUGAAGCAAAUGGAGGCUGAGCUGGGCAUCACGCAUACGCGACGCAAAAGGCGCUUCAAGCACGACAACCCUGAGAAGGAAGCGGUGGUUCAGAACACCGACGCUGACAUGGGAGAAGAUACGAAGCCAGAUAGCACCGCGGAAGUCAAAGAUGAACCAGGGGUGCCAUCAAAUGCAAGUUUAAAAGAAGGUAUAAUGUGGAAUGUCUCCACGGAUGGGCCGCCGCCGGAGGGAUUUACGAUAUGCACCAACGACGCAGGCAUAACUAUACUGCGUAGAAAGAGACAGAGGAACUUGAAUAAACUCGGCAUCGGUGGAUUCGUUGUGCGACAGAGACAGGCGACAUUGAAAGCCCAGGCUGAGGACGAGCAAGCAGAUGGCUCUCAAGCUGGAGAAUCACCAAGUAAUAAACGAAAACCGCGACGCAAGCCUCGGUCAAAACUUAUGGAGCAGUUUCCCUCUUAUAUGCAAGAAGCUUUCUUUGGAAAAGAACUUUUGGAACCUACUAAACAAACUGUCAGCUCAACGGGUAAUCCAUCUGAGAGUCCUGGUGGCCUUACACGUGGCGGUACUCCAGAAGGUUACCGUGAAUUGCGAGAUUUCAAAAUUGACCUCGACAAUUCCGAUUCUGACGGGGAAGAGUUUCUGUCCGCACUCAACGCUGCCAACGACGCCGAUAAUACUAUUCUCAUUACUUUGAACAUGGAGGAGAUGGAAAUCCUGAACUCUUUGAAGCCGAAAGAAGAGAAAGACGAUGCUUGUAAUCCCGACGGUAGCAUCAAAAUAAAGACUGAAAUGGACGAUGGUAACUUGAAACAUACGGAAGAUUCGACUGCUUUGAAGAACGCGAUAUUGGGACCACAACCUGCUGAGGCGGAGCAACCGCCCACUGUGGCUACAGAGAGCAUACCCACCGUUCAUAGCACUAAGACUGAGAAUGUCAGCAGUGAAACGGGUGGGUCUUCGCAAGCAUCCACUAUAUCGCCUAAGGACGACUUGUCACUUCUGGGCGUUAAUCUUGACGCGAUGGUGCGCGAUUCUCUGCCCGAUAUGGACAGCAACGAUGUCGACGAGAUAUUCAAGGGUGUGCUUACCGAUGACUCACAGGAGUCACAAGAAUCGUCCGUGUCGUACGUGAACUCUAUGGCGGGCACGCCUUACUCGCAGCAACGGCAGCAGCUGCAGAGCCCCAUGGAGUACGCAUCGCCAUACCACAACGAUUUCGGCAGCAGCAGUAGCAGCGCGUUGAGCCCUCUAUUCUCUGAAGGCGGGGGCGGAAGCGGAAGCGGGGGUGGGGGGCAAAGUGCUUGGGCUGAACAAACCCCUGCGCCCCCACCUUCCUACAACCAACGGACUGCGGACAAGAUGCGAGCCGACGAGAGCUUAGGUUCAGCAGCAACCAUAUCUGCAGUGCUAUACGCGAACACCAACCAUCCUGAAUGGAAGACCGAAUUCCCUAACUGGGGAGAUCGGUGUAAACAGAUACUCAAGAAAUGGCGUGCCUUACCCUCCGAACAAAAAGCGCCUUACUUGCAACGUGCCAGAGACAACAGGAGCGCCAUUCGCAUGAAGAAGGCCCAACAGGAGCAGGAACGGUCAUGCGGUCAGCAUCGUAGCGCGCGCGAGGCCGAGCAGGAGCGCCAGUGGAAGCACCUGCAACAGCAACGGCAGCAGCAGACGCAGCAGCAGCAGCAGAUCAUACACGACCAGCGCAUGCAAGGCGCGUGUGUUACCCAAGCAGCGAUCUCGCGGCUGCGCGUGCCGGACGCCGGGUCUCCGGUGCCGGGCGCCGGACCGGUGGCCGGAUCGGUGACCGGACCGGGACCAGGGGUUGGCGCCGCGACGGAGGCGCCCAGAAGUGCUUUCCCCGCGCAACGCUUCCCCUUACACUAUGGCGCCAACGAAGAUUUAAACAGGCAGUUGCGCGACUUGCUGCAGCGACACCCGGACAAGAUAUGGCCGCCGCAAGCUGGCAGCGAUGACGGCGCAAUUCAAGGUGUGAAUAUAGAAGGGCAACAAUUCCGGCAACCGCUUCCCGUUGGGUUGCGUCCGCGUACGCCCUUGCAACCCGGACAGAGACCAGACCAUCAAAUACUGAUGCAACAGCGUAUAGUUGCAGAAAAUGCUCAAAUGCAGCAAAAUCCUUCGAACCAAGUCACUCAGCAGCAAGUUAUGGAACAAAAACAAAAUGUUAUCAAUCAACAAGGAGGUACCGUAGGAGAUAACAAGCAAGAAUCGGGACAAGACCAUGGAACAGACGAAAUGGAUAUGGGUGAUAUGGAUAAAUUGGAACAAGAUACUGGUAACAUUGGAGAGGUGGAUAUACUAACGGGUCUGGGCGGCGAAGAUGACGAGGAGCUGCUGGAAUCGCUGACAGCCGAGAUCGGAGAACAAUUCAACAUAUUGGAGUACGCUGACCCCGAACUGGCCGCGCUCAACGACGCCGAACAUAUUCUCGACGGGUUAGAGUUGGCUGACGACGGCAUGCCUGAGAGACAUGCUAAACGGGACCCUGAAGAUGAAAAUGAGCAUAAGCAAGACAACAAAAUGGACACAGAGCUCCAGAAGGCUGUGAAAAACAUAGAGGCUACCAAGUCUGACGGCAAACCGGAAAUGGGCGAGGUGAAGUCUGAGCACCCGGAGAGCAAGCAGGAGGCGUCGGUCGUGACGCAAAUGUUUUCUGACGGUGUUCAGAGGAUCAUCACGCCAAACCAACAGAUGGCGAUACAGACGGCGAUGCAAGCUAUCAAGGCGGAAGUAAAGUUGGAGGGCGACGACAAAAGCGAGGCGUGGAGAAGUGGCCAAUCUCCGCAGCGGCCGCAUCUGUUCACGCAUCAGAGACUGCAAGUGCCGGCACAGGGAAUAGCACAACGUGGUCAGUUCGGGCAACCACAAGUUCUGAGCCAACAGAUACAGCGACCGCAAGUGCAGUUUACUCAACAACAGCACAUGCAUUUUACCCAGGUUGCCACCAAUGCUCACACGCAGAGCAUAGUGAACGCUAUGACGGCUCAAGUGAACGCGGCACAAGCAGCCGGGCGUAGUUACGCGCCGGGCACUAGACUAGUCGGCCUCGACGGUGCCGUGGGAGUGGUGCGGCACGAUCGUACCGUCGCGCUCGCCACUCUGCCGCAUACGUCGCCUGCCCCCACCGGGGGGCGAGCCCCCCCUCCGCCCCCAUACCCGGGCACGCUGCGAGGCGCCGCGCCCCCAUUGGCCGCCCCCACGCAUGCCCCGCCGGCACAGCCGCCCCCGCCCUACCCGCAGAACGUAAACCAGGAGCAACCGUUGCUUCUGGAGGAGCUAUUGGAGCAGGAGAAGCGCGAGCAGGAGCGGGAGGGCGGCGAUUGGUCGGGCAGCGCGGUGCCGGCGCCCGCUCCCGCGCCCGCGCCCCCCGCCGUGCCGCUGUACGCCGCCGCGCCGCCGCCGCAACCGCCCCCGCCUACCGAUGACCACCACUCCCGCCUCCUCUACGAGCAGUGGCUCAAGCAGUUCGCCGCCUUCGCCGCCGACCAGCAGAACUACUACGAGGCCGAAGUGCAGAAACUCCGCAAGAUCCGCAAGUCGCUGAACAGCAAGCAGCGGCAGCUGAGGAAGUCUGGCAACGAGCUGCAGCCCAACGACGCGGCCGAGUUGCAUCGCGUCGCCACGGAACAACAGGCGCUGCAGAAACACUUAGAGGCGGCGCGGAAGCAAGCUCGCCAACACACUAUGCUUAUUCAGGAAUAUGAGACUAAACAACGUCAACAAAAUCCUCAAUUGGUUCAACAGAACGUCAUUAAUCAACAGCAGAUCACAACAAAUCAAACUGUCUUCGCUCAAAACCAAAAUAUAGGACAAGCUCAGCAAAUGCAACAACAGCAGACUAUCAACCGGCCCAUGCAGUUGGGCCUCCAAGGAGCUACGCUUCAACAACAACAAACUCUAAUACGAACACAACAAACAGUGUUAGGUUCUGACGGCCAACCCAUGACGCAACAGAGAAUAGGACUAGUUACGUCACCAUUGAAUACUCAGGGGAGAAUCUUGCAAAGUGGACGUACUUUAGUCAUAGAACAGACAGGUGCCCCGCAACAGCAGCUCGUCAGACAACUGUCUGGAGUUCAAGAGAGGCCCCAGUCAGUCGGCGGAAUAGUCCAAUUUGGUCAGCAACAAAUCACUGGUGUCAGAAAUACGAUACAAACUGGGAACCAAACCCCUCGGCCUCCGGGUGCUAGGCCGGCCAUGUCCCCACUGCACGUGCAGUCGCCUCAUUCUCAAUCGCCGCAUCAUCCGUUAGCCCCGCAGUCACCCUUACAUCAUCUGACUUCCCCUAUGCAGUCGCCGUUGCAUUCCCAACAGUCUCCCUUACAUCAUACAGCGCAAUCUCCACUGCAUCAGUCGACUCAAUCUCCUCUCCACACGCAACAAUCACCGUUGCACUCGCAACAAUCGCCUAUGCAUCCACAGCAAUCACCGAUGCAUCCCCAACAAUCACCGAUGCAUCCCCAACAGUCGCCGAUGCACCAACAUCAACAGUCACCGAUGCAUCAACAGUCACCGAUGCAUCAACAAUCGCCAAUGCAUCAACAACAGAGUCAAAUGACCACGCAACACUCGCCGAUGCACCCGCAACAGUCUCCGAUGCACUCGCAACAGUCGCCGAUGCAUUUGCAACAGUCACCGAUGCACACGCAACAAUCGCCGAUGCAGUCGUCGAUGUCGCCGCAACAUUUCCUUCAGCAAUUCCAAGCCCAGAGAACGAGCCCGCAACUGCCAACUCCCAGCCGUAGUCCCCAGAUUUACCAGCAGUCUCAAAUACAGAGUCCAGCAUCGUCCCAUUCGCCACAAUUACAGAAUACUGAUUAUACAACGGGGAGAUUCCCUAGACCAGCACCCGGAUGUUCGCCACUGCCGUCCAGAUUCGCUAGACCGCCUCAUCAUCAACAAGGAAUGAGAGUGGGUGUACCAUUCGGAAGUCGCCAACAAACAUCUCCUUUGGGAAGUCCUCAACCAUUGCCGUCACCAGGCAAUCCGGCAUCAGAGAUAGCACGUCAACAGAUGUUACAACGGCAACAAUACAGCCCUAUGGGUGGUGCCCCUGCGUCCCCGUCCAUAUCUCGUUCCCCCCAUGUAGCGCGUACUCCUACCCCUCAUGCUUCCCCCGCGGCCUCCCCCGCCCCCUCUCAACAAGACCACGGUGGCGGCCAUCACCACCAAACUGCCCCAUUCCCGCCCGGCUACCGCUACUGCCGCCCCGGAUUAUACGGCGGCGCCCCCGUGUGGCCAAACAAAGAUACUCGACCCCAUCACCUUGCUAAAGUGUCCAUACUCAAACGCCGAACGCCCCCGCGACCUCGAGCCCCACCCCCGCCGCAACCGGACGACGCCCACAGCUACGUCCUCUACGCCCCCGAUCCUACCUUCGACGAUGAUCGCACCCAAGAUGACGAGGAGCUCGUCGAACAUUUGGACGACGAUGAUAUCGUCCUCGUCGAACAGACGACCGUCUCACCCGAGGAGCGAAUAGCCACCGAAGAAGACUUCGAGGAGCUAAUAGACGGUGGAAAACCAGAAGAUGAAGCAGAAGAGGAGCCGCCCCAACCGGCGACGCGGACAGAAACCGCCACUAAAACUGUCGCCGUCAUCAGUCUGUCCACCGGAAAGCAACCGUCGGCGAGCGUGCAGCAGUAUAAAAUUGUCAACCCCGCGCAAGGGUCGGCGCUAUCGCGACUCCCCGUGCUCAGUGCGACGAUGCUUUCGCCGCACUCUAACGCAAAAAUCUUAAACGAGGUGUCGCAAGCUACGGUCGCAUCUGUCUCCAUUGCAAACCAAACUAUAUCGGUUCCUGUUUUAAAGAGCCUCUCUGUGCCCAUCGCUAGUGUCGCAGGACAUCCGGGCGGUGCGAAGUCUCAGAUGAAAAAAGUACCUCUCAAUAUCACCAACCCGCCGUUGACGAUCAACAUGUCGACCCCGCCGCUGUCAAAACCGAUAAGUCCGGUCAUCAGCGUCAUAUCAUCGAAUAUGCCAAAAGUGGCAAAUGUGAAUCCGGUUAUCACUUUAGCCACGUCAAGUGGCGCAGGUCCGUCACGAGUGCCAGUUUCGAUACUGACACAACCUCAAGUGAAACAAAAGAUCGUAAAAACAAUAGAGAAACCCAUGGCUCUAUCUUUGUCGAAUACUAAACUUUCAAGUUUAUCUGUGACGCAUGACGCUACUUUGCCUGCAAAGAUUUUUCAAGACGAAGCAGCUUCACCUGAUAGUACUGUUCCGCCAGAAAAUAAUCCUGAUAAACAUUUACAAGCUUCACUGUCCUCGUCAACUCAUCAUAUGAUGAGUAUGUCAUCUCAGGCGUCUUCUCACGAUCAGAGGCCUGCUCCUAUUAUUAAAGAAACGAAUAAGGAUAUAGACAUAGAAACUGAAAUAAGCCAGCAGACUGAACUACCACACACCCUGUGUAUAACUGACAGAACACCUCUCCUGUUAGGAAAGGCAGACAUAAAGAGCCCAGAUCCUGUACCUGAAAAAAUACCUGAUAAUAUAAUGGAAGGUGAUGACGAAGAUAAGCCAGAAGAUAACAUACCCAGUAAUUUAUUAUUGUCUUACAAUAAAACAAUGCCUGAACCACCUCCGCAGAAUCCAGCCACGGAAAAACCGGAUGAAAAUGUAGUGAAGACAAUAAAAGCCAUCGCCAAUCAGGUGAUUGACUCGAAUAUGCAAAUAACUCCAGAUAUGGCCCAGGAAUCAGUACAAAUAUCGAUUCCCUCGCCGACUCCAUCUCAAGAGAGAUAUUUAAAUGACAUAACCAUGCAAGAACAUCCUGAAGCCGUUGAAGGUAAUCCAAAACACGUGGAAUCAUUUGAAGAUAUGCUCUGUAUGCUAGAAAAUAUAACAGAUGAAGCGAAAACUUACGGUAUGAAACAACCACCUCAUAAAGCUCAGAAUCCAAGUGCCGCGAAAAGUGAUAAUAAAGAACCACAGGAACCAAUCGCUUUUCCGAAAAGAGAACCCGAAAGACUAAAUUUGCAGUCAGCGUCAGUACCGCAAUUGUCACCUCUAUCACAACCAGCAGAGCUGACAUCGAAUAUGGCAAACGUAUCGCAACAACUCCGAACGAUAAUGUCUUCUCUCAACACCAGCACGUCUAAGGUAGAGGCGCAGACCGUUACAUCUGUCAUGAGAAAAAAUAGUGAUGCAACGACACCUACGCAAGUUAAUUUCGAGAAUUUAUUACCGUCGUCAAAAGUAGAAGUGGCAGCUUCCAGGCCAUCGCCGGUACAACGAAUUGAAAAACCAAUAACUUCAGUAUCAUCUUCUGAUUCAAUGCCAAUGAGUGCUGCACAAGUAGCUGGUUCUAGAGUAAAUACAUUAUCCUCUAUGAAUAUUAGUCAACUCAGAAAGUCACCAACAGUAUCCCCUAUAAAUUCUCCUGUCAGUAUGCAAAGUUCAAUGAUGAAAUCUCCCGCACAAUCGCCACUCAUAACGAAUCAAUCUUUCAACCCUUCUGACGAGGCUAACGCAACGUCAGUAGCUUCUCAAAUCAUUCAAAUGCCAGCGCUUUCUAAAAUUCAUAGCAGCACACCACAAUCUAUGAUACAUUCCAGUAAUAAUUCCACGAUUACCACAAAUGUCAAUUGUUUUCAGAAAAAUCAACCAUUGCCUACGAGUAUUUUAGGUCAUACUUUACUCCAGCCUAGUAGACAAAUUAAUACCUCCAAUUUGGCGUUCAACCCGCAAAGCAUAAGUUCUAGCCAACCGCCCGCACUGGUGAUGACUUCAAGACCACUUAUGGUUAAUAAAGAGCCAGCUCCCAAUGUGACUGUCAGGACACACAGCAUCGUUAGUCCAGGAUUAGCCCAAAUGCAAGCUAAAACAAGCACUGGAUCAAUAAAUUUUAUAACUUCGUCCAAAUUACUACACACUCAGCUUACAUCACCGCUAAAAAGGUCAAAAUCGACAGACGAGCCAAAAAGCGAAGUCAUAGUUGGCCAUAUACAACCUACUAAAAGACACAGUGUAGAAUCUGUUGUAGUAAAAUCGGAACCAAUGGAAACAGAUGAGCCUAAUGCGUCAACAAAUAUAGAUCAAUCUAAAAAUCAAAACAUUUUAGGCCAAAGCCCUGCAAACCAAAGAAAUGACGAGUCUCAAAAUGUAUUACUGAAGCAACUUUUACAGACUACAACUACUACAUCAAAUGUACCUCAACGAACCAUGACAAUACAAAGGACUGCUCCAGCUUUGGGCACUAUACCAUCGCUUGAAGCUCAGUUAGCCAGGCCUGCCAUACCACCUCCUACUUUAUCGCUUACACAAGAAGUUGAAAUGCCCAAAAAUUCUCCUCGUCAUAUUACUACUGUCAAUUCUCCUUUCACCUCUAGACCUAUUCAAACUAUUCCGACGUCUUCCAUGUCACCGUUAAUUCAUACUUCUACACAAUCUCUAAUGGAUGUUAGAAAACAACCUUCGAUGAAAAUCAUGACCAAAGAAGAGACUACUACACCAUUACCGGAGAAUUCACCAACAAUGAAAAGUAUGCCUAUGUACCCAAUGAGUAUAGAUAAUCAACAGUUACAACAAGCUAUCAAGAAAGAAAUCGCACCACCACAACAAAGUCCCGUUCAUAGCAGACCUUUUACACCAUUGGAUGUGAAAAAAGAGUUGCUAGAUGAGAGCUCACAACAAUCGGCAACAUCAGGUGUUUCCACAGCUUCAGAUCAAGGAAAAUUGGAUCAACCUAUGAAAGAAGAAUUUCCCGAAAGUGUUAAUAUGGAUCCAACAACCGAGGUCAACGCCCCAGAAACACCAUCGGAAGCUAAGAGGCGUAAGCGCCGAGAGUAUCAACAGAAGAAACGUAAACAAAUGCAAAUGAAUAUGAAAGCUGCGGCAGAAAGCAGUUUGAAUGCAGCCAACGCCAAAAGGAAAUCUCGCAAGGGCUCUCGUUACGAAGAAGACUAUGACACUUUUAUUGAUAAUUUGAUGACCCAAUUACGGUUACUUCCUCAAAUGCAAAUUCAAGAACCUGCUUUAACAACAAACUUUGCAGUAUGCCCACUUUUUGGGUCUGGAGAUUUAACUAAACUCAAAAACAAAGAUUAUGAUAUUUUAAAAGGAGAUUUAGUGGGAGAGUUUGGUAAUGCAAAAAUACCGAGUGUAGCUGACUAUUAUAACACCAAACCAUUCGGAGAUGAAGAACCGCUGCCUGAAAAACCAGCUGCAUCCACUCAAAGAGGAUUUUAUGAUCAAGAGUUCCAGCCAAUCAUGUUUGAUGAUGAUCCUGAGGAUAAGAAAUUAGACUUUAUUUGUAAAGAACGGGAUACAGAUACACCUGACAGUAUUGUUAGUUGUUCUAGUCCGGAGUGUUUUGAUAUUGAACCUUCUAAUAGGUUCCCAGGACUUAAACUAAUUGAAGACGAAGAAGAGGACGAGGAUAGCGAUUCAGCGUCUGGUCGCGUUUCACCUGUAAUACCUAUUAUAGCUCCGGUUCCCAUUAGAAUCAAACCUGUAUCUCUUUAUCAACUCAAAGAAGAAGAAGAAGUUCAGAAACCAUUAAAAUGUAUCGAUUCUGAUUCACCAAUUAGAAGCAAAAUGGUUGAUUCUCCUGGUAGUACAGAGAGUAAUGAAAAUGUCACCGUGACGCUAACUUUGACAUCGGGUGCCGCGGAAGAUAUACUUGGUGUACUGAAAGAACUCGCUGGAAUACUACAUAUACCACCACCAACAUCAUAUCAGAUUGUUGAAAGAACUGCUACGCCACCAUCUCAUAAGUUAGGAUUAUAUAGAUCGAAAGGAAAAGACGGGAAGGAAGGAACCCCGAUCGACAUUCAGAGCAUUUUAAACGGAGCAGCCAAGUUCUGUCGGCACUGCGACGUUGUUAUUUUAGAUUCGGUUGUGCGGGCGAAAGCGUCUGAAUUCCCCUUGCUUUCGGCCAACAAAGGAAACGCUGAAGAAAUACUAUGUGAUAGUGACUCCGAAUUAUAUUUCUGCAGCACACAAUGUUAUCAACGGUUUGCGUGGCGGCCCACAAAUAUUAUUCUCGACGGGAAAUCAAAAACUGCAGUCAAAGAAGAUACUAAAUCUGAUGUCGAAACAAAUCUCUCGAAGGAUCGUGACGAUUUUGAUACAGCAUCGACUGAGAGUAUGGAAACAGAUGAUUUGGACAUAAAGCCCGAUAUUAAAGAUGAAAAAAUGGAUCUAUCAUUUAUGGAUUCGCUGGAUAAUGACGAGCUAAUGAAGGAAGUUGGAGACGACGUUAGCGCUCUGGAUGAAGACUUAAAAAGUGUCGAACAAGACGAAAAGAGCAAUCAAAGCACAGAGCCUGAAAAAUAUAGAGGAAUCCGGUAUAAAUCAUGGACGCCAGGUUGCAUAGGACCGCCGGCAAAAUAUAAACGGCCCACGGAUAGAGAAUUAACCGAACUAGUGUUCCGAACUGGUGUCUCUAUAAUGCCGGUAACGAAUGAAGAUAGUAGAAAGUGUGAACUGUGUGGGAUCCAAGGCGACGGAGUAGCCGAUGGAGUUUCUAGACUUUUGAACUGUGAUGUGGAUAGAUGGGUGCACCUGAACUGUGCAUUGUGGUCUGAAGGAGUGUACGAGACAGUUAGUGGAGCGUUGAUGAACGUUGAAACGGCGUUAGCGAACGGUUCGAGCGCGACCUGCGCCGUUUGUCGGAGGCUGGGCGCAACUGUGCGAUGUUUUAAGGUGCGCUGCGGCAGCGUAUACCACCUCGGCUGCGCGGUCAAAGACAGCUGCGUCUUCUACAAGAACAAGACUGCUUUCUGCGCUUCACACGCUCCAAAGAACGAGAAGGACAACGAGCUGACGACGCUAAGCGUGCAGCGACGCGUGUACGUGUCGCGCGACGAGCAACGACAGGUGGCGUCCGUGAUGCUGCACUCCGACACCAACCACCUCAUCCGCGUGGGCGGCCUCAUCUUCCUCAGCCCCGGCCAUCUGUUACCUCACCAGCUCGCCGCCUUCCACACGCCCAACUACAUAUACCCCAUCGGAUACAAGAUCGUACGGUUUUAUUGGUCGACGUGUCGCGCUAACAGCCGCUGCCGCUACUUGUGCUGGAUAUCGGAAGAAGAAGGCAGGCCGCGCUUCCACGUGCGCGCGCAAGACGAACCGCGGACGGAACUUGCCGCCGCCACGCCGAGAGCUGCUUGGUCAUCGAUACUAGACGCAGUAGCAGCGUUACGUGAGAACCGCAGCGAAGAGGGUGUGCUAAAGUUAUGGCCUAAUUACGUGACCGGCGAAGAUCUGUUCGGUCUCACCGAGCCCGCGGUCGUCAGAGUAUUGGAAAGUUUACCAGGCGUGGAGACGUUGACCGACUACCGGUUCAAGUUCGGGCGCUCCGCGUUAUUGGAGGGCGGGCUCGCCGUAAACCCUUCAGGCUGUGCCCGCGCGGAGCCCCGGCCCCGCGCGCCCCCGCACCGCCGCCCCGCGCGCUCCCUGCUACCCGCGACUCCCACGCCGGCCCCGGACCACCCCGCCUGCCCAUACACCAAGCAGUUCGUGCACACCAAGAGCAGCCAGUACAAAAAAAUGAAGCUGGAGUGGCGGAACAACGUUUACCUCGCCAGAUCUAAAAUUCAAGGUCUAGGAUUAUACGCGGCGCGUGAUAUAGAGAAACACACAAUGGUGAUCGAGUACAUCGGAGAGAUAAUACGCUCCGAAUUGUCGGAGAUACGGGAAAAGCAAUAUGAGGCGAAGAACCGCGGCAUCUACAUGUUCCGCCUGGACGAGCGACGCGUGGUAGACGCCACGUUGAGUGGGGGGUUAGCUCGCUACAUCAACCACUCGUGCCAGCCCAACUGCGUCGCCGAGACCGUGGAGGUGGACCGCCACCUGCGCAUCAUUAUAUUCACCAAGCGACGCAUCGCGCGCGGCGAGGAGCUCGCUUACGACUACAAAUUCGAUAUAGAAGAUGACGCCCACAAAAUAAUGUGCAUGUGCGGCGCACCAAACUGCCGCAAAUGGAUGAACUAAAUAAAUAAACCAAGGACUAGCAAUAUCGGUUGCCCGGGAUGGCCCACGCGACUUCGGCUUACGUACCAAAGUGUUUUACUUUAGUGAACAGACUGUAGCUGACGUGUGAUUUUGUAUCAAUAAACUAAGAGAGUUAUAAUUAUUGAGUGAAAAUAUUGAGAGUAUUCGAAACACAUUUGUAAAUAGUAUAGGAGUAGGUCUAUAAAUCAUUGUUGUUACUGAUUAUAUUAUUAAUGUUUUAGAUGUGACUGUUUUCCGAGUAUACUGUAUUGCGUAAGAUUUUAAUUUAACAUUUUGAUGUAUUAUAUACAUGUUCAUUCAUUACCGUUUUACCUAGACAUUUUAUCAUUGAUGUAAUAUAUUUUUCUAACCUUUCGAUAAUUUUAAUUCUUCUUCAACUAUCUUUACUUCCGUAUUGUGUACGUUAUAUAAUAAAAAAACGGUAUACGUGUAGUAUAUCACAUAGCAAUGAAAUCUCAACAGUGAUGAAAUAUUAGGAUAAGUUACCAAAUAGAUGAGUUUGCAUUUACUACGAGUAGAGGGUAGUGUGAGACAUAACAUGAUGCCACGUUGUGCCUGAUCCGUUCGUGUAUAAGUAACUGGUAGGUUAGAUCUACGGAACACCACAGCGCGCCUUCGGUCGACGAGACGACGAUACAUUCUUAGUGAUUAGCGUAAGUAAGUAGUAGACCUGCGUGCGAUUUCACACGAAAAAGGUGCGCCUGCAAGUGCUUUACUAAAAUAACUUACUACACCAUGCACUUAUCAAUAUCGUAAUUUAAGUCUGAGAGAAUCUACUUGGAGUGAAAUCGUACGCGAAAUUAGCGUAAUAACUUAUUUAUAACUAAAUAGUCCCAAAUGUGAUAUUACCUCACAUGACGUCGUGUGUUACUUUUAGUGUGGCCAUUGAAUGCCAAUCGUAGAGAAGAACCACGUCGUAUUUGCGUGUAUUCGAAGCGGUGUGGAUUGGCUGUUCAGGAAUUUAAAUAGCUUAUUUUAAAUGUAAAGAGAACAAGUAGGAAGCCUGUAAGAUCUGGAUAUAGAAAAAUGUAUUAGGUGUUAUUGAAAAUGUGGGUAAUUUGAUAGCACAAGGAAUUUUGUUAUUUUUAAUACAGGUUGCCAUCUACCAAUGUUAUGAAUUCAUGCAAUAUUAUAUUUAAUUUUAAGUGUUAUGUGCAAUAUCAUAUCUUGCAGAUUGUAAAUAUGUUAUAUCCAUUGGCAGACAAACAUUUAUAACAAAGAAUUCAUCAUUCGUUUUAUAUAGUUGAAUCAUACCAUUGCUUUACUAUCACUUUAUUUAUUUAAAGCAUUCCUGUAAUAUUCGCUAUAUUCGAGUCAAUAAUAUCGUUUCACAAAAGGAAAUUUUGACAUAGUGUUGUUUGUAAAAUUUAUUACUUUAGAAUUUUCUAUACAAUUAGUAUUUUUAUUGCAUUAUUUUCCUAUCAUUAAAAUUUAAUUAGUAAA